CGGAACAAGCAGUAGGAAAAAGCAAAGGAAUGGUGAAGUUUGAAGAAGAUCGAGAAAGGACGUGAAGUCGAAAUAAUUGUUUCACAAGAUUGAGUAGGCGGAGAGCUCAGCGUGUUGUGAUUGGACAGCUUCUAACAUUUAACUUUUAGUUUACUUCGUCGUGGCUGAGUAAGAGGGAACGAAGCACUCAGGAACAGGCUUUCAUUACCCUUAUUGUCCCUUGUAGAAAUUGCGGUUGUUUCUAUUUGAACUACUGCGGACAGCAGCCAAUUUCUUGGGCCGUAGCGCCUAGUAGUAGCCCACCUUGGAUUUACUAAAUGCCUGUGAUCUGGCUUGGUAAAAGAAGGAAAUAGAGAUGUCGUUCAAUGAGGUGCGCUACUCUCGGCUGGAAAGCACCGACGCUGAGACGAACGACCCUGAAUUACCUCCGAACAUUCGUCCUUUGAAGUCAGGGGAUAGUCGAUGGCGUCACAUAAACGAUUUGGACCGCUACUUCUCAUCGGUCUAUCGGUUCUGGGAAGGCAAAGGCUUCAUGUGCUAUUGCUUGGAGGAGAUCCUUGGCAUAGUUCAAUUCCUGUUCGUGAUAUUUUUGGCAACGGUGCUCGUGACUGGGGUUAAAUUUAGAGCUCUGAUGGAAAUGUCGCCAACACGUGUUCGUCUGGAGGAGUUUCUAGAACACUACUUCACAGCGCAUAAUGCCAGCUUUAUCAAUUCAACCAGCACCACACAUCACACAGCCCAUCUUGCCCAUGAUGCCUAUGUCAAUGUUGAUAGUGACCACGAUGUGGACGUCUGGAAUAUCAUUUCACUUGAAGACUUCUUUGCAGGCAGGUCGAGCUGGGUGUGGUAUGCCUACCUACUCUUUGCUUCAAUCUUUCUGGUUCAACGUGUUAUCCGUGCGGUUGUCUGCAUACACGAGAUGUGGGGAAUAAGGCGGUUCUACAAUGACGUUCUCAAUAUCAAUCCGUCUCAGUUGGAGAACUACACUUGGGAGCAAGUUGUGAGGGCAAUUAUCAAAGCUCAGGAAGUCCACCACAUCUCUGUGCAGAGUGACCGGGUGACAGAGCUGGAUAUUCAUAAUCGAAUUCUGCGCUUCAAGAACUACACGAUUGCGUUGGUCUCCAAGAAUGUACUCCCGGUUGAGUUCCAUGUGCCGUGUAUGGGAACAAGGAUGUACUUUACAGAGGAGUUGAAAUACCUCUAUGAAAUGAUUCUCUUUUGGGGUCCGGGUGCACCGUUUGCAGACAGCUCCAAUUUGAAGAGCAGAUUUCACUCAACGCCGGCACGCACACUAGCUGCAACGAUGAGGAACACGAUUGCAUUGUAUGCCGUGAUCACAAUGGUCUUGUCACCGCUGAUCUUCAUGUGGCAGUUGUGCCACACUAUGUCCAUGUUGGGAGAGACUAUUCAACAAAAAGCUGGAGCGUUUAGUCUGCGCAGCUGGUCACCAUAUGCAAGGCAGAAGCUGCGUUUGUACAAUGAACCCGAACACCGGUUUACGCAAAGAUUGGCUAAAGCCUAUGAUCCAGCCACCAAGUACAUCAACCUAUUCAUAUCGCCCGUGAUCAAAGUUAUUGCGCGGCCCGUCAAGUUCAUCAGUGGCGUUCUGUUUGCCCUGCUUAUUGUGUUGGGAGUGAUGGAAUCCCAGAUGCUUGCACCUCGUGUGGCGUUGGCUGUUUUCGUGCUGGGCAUCAUCGUCGGCAUGGCACGUAUGCUUAGCCCUCAUGACGAUGGUUCGUGCCCUGAAGAAUUGCUUGAGGAGGUUUUCCGUGGCACGUUUCAAGGACCAAUUCCCAACUGGCGUGGAAAUGCACACACGAUCCCGGUGAUGGAAGCAGUCGGCCUCCUAUUCCCAUACCGUGUGGCGUUCUGCGUGGAGCAGCUGCUGAGUCCUAUUUUGACGCCACUCAUACUCUUCUUCUACCUAAGACCGCGCUCUGAGGAAAUCAUCAACUUCUUCCAAAAGUUUACCAUCCGAGUUCACGGUGUUGGAGAUAUCUGCUCAUUUGCUGCGCUUGCAACGAGAGCACCCACAGCUGGUGGCAGCAAGAAGUUUGGCCCUCCGUCAGGUCCUGGUGGUGCUGGUGGUGAAUCUGAUUCUGCCAUGGCUACCGAAGAUAAUUCGUUUGUUGCAGGUGCUGCCAGUCAUGGAGAUAGCUACAAGGAGAAGCUGUCAUUGCUCCAUUUCUCUUUGAGCAAUCCGUCUUGGAUUCCACCAAGAGGGGCGAUGGAUUUCUUGGAGUCCUUGAAGGAAAGUGCCGGUGAGGAUCUCAUGCGUGAGAGCCAAUCAACAAUCUCUCCAGGAUCCCCUCCACAUCCUGAUCCUGAAUCAACUCUCAGGUCAUCUGUCAGGUCAUCUGGCCUUACUCCCGGUGGCAGUGUCUAUGCUAGCUUAUAUCCAGACCUCAGCCUGGCAACUACCGGUACUGGCUCGUCAGUGGCACGUGAUGCUGCAUACACCUAUCAGCGUCUAUCUUUGGCCACGUCAAUGCUGGCCAGCCAGUCAACAACGGAGCAGGCUGUAGAGCCACGCUCUGCUUGGUCCCCCACACGUCAUCCAGCUGCGUCAACGUUGACAUCAUCUAGAGAUGUAUUGCCGAAACAUCCCCCUUCGUUUGAGAAACAGAUAGCUACGGAUAUGGGCCAUGCUGCCAACUAUCUGCAUACAUAUGCCUCACGUCGUGAAUUUGAACGCCGUCAACAGUGCCUGCAGCCUUUACUGCAACCGGGUCUCCAGCAGCUAGGCACUCUGGAGGAGCCUGCUCUGGCCCCGGAGUGUGCAAGAUCUCCAAGUGUACAUGUAGGUGGUUACAUGCCCCCUGCCAAUAUUCCAUCUCCACAAGGCACGCAGAUGCGAGUUUUGGGUCAGCAACAGCAGCAGCAACAAGAACAGCUUGGAUUACAAAUUGUGUCACAUCAACCCACCACCCCUCAGCAAGGAGCUCAGCAGCAGCACCCGCAAACCAUGUCUGACAAUGAGGAAGAUCAGGAUAAACUGAAAACGUCUCGUGUAUAGUGUUGUGAAUGUCAUUCUGUUGCGAGUGUCAGUCUGUUUGUGAGUACUGUAUCAGUCUUUUGUGUCAGUCUGCUGUGUUUGUCUGUUGUGAGUCAUUAUGGUGUGUACAUAAGGAGCCGUCCAAGGUUACCAAUAAUAUUUUCAAAACGAAA